AUGUCCUCAGUAAUGUUUCCACCCCGCUCCCCACCUUCCUCCACCUCCAUCCCUGGGAGCAGUGUCUGCGGUGGCGGUGACAUAUCUGCAGCUGGCGUGAAGACCCAUUUCCCUGAGCAGGCUCUGUUUGCGUCGGACCUCUAUGCCCGGCUCAUCCUGGCCCAAAUGAAUAAGAUGCGUCUACGGGCAGACUUCUGUGACGUCAGGCUGUGGCUGGGAGGCCGGGUGUUCAGUGUCCACAAACUGGUCCUGGCUGCCAGCAGCCCGUACUUUUCUGCUCUGUUCUCUGGGUGGAUGAGCGAGGCAGACAAGGAGGAGGUCCAGAUCCUGGGGGUGGAGUCCUGUCAUGAAAUGUACCAUUUACUGAGUGUGUAGUGUACAGUAGUGUUCAUACAAAGAACAGGAUAUGAUACAGAUUUCUUUGUGUUUCUUUAAACUGAAUCUGUCCAGGCAUGAUUAAUGUGACGGUGGAGAACGUGCAGGAGCUGAUGGUGGCAGCAGACAUGCUGCAGCUGAGUGAGGUGGUGUCUAUCUGUGGGGAGUUCCUCAAAGGCCACAUGGAGUCCAACUGUGUGGUGGUAUACCAGUUCCUGGAGCAGAUCGCCUGCAUGGACAUGCUGGAGUUCACUGAGAACUACAUCCAUGUACACUUUAUGGAGGUGCUACACACAGUCUUUUUCUUCCUCCAUCUCUGUCCAUCUUCAGAUUCUCUCUUCCCCCUUCACCUCUUUCCCCUUCCAUCUCAUUCCAAUCUGCUGAGUGUGUGUAACAAAAAGUGAAUAACCUGUUACCAACCUGUUAUAACACUUACACCAACAAACAAAAUCACAAUCGGAACAUCUGACCUUUAGGUGUGUGUGUCGGAUGAGUUCUGGGUCCUGUCCAAGGACCAGCUGGUGAAGCUGCUGCGGAGCGAGGAGUUGCGGAUCGAAGGUGAGUACCAGGUAUUCACGGCGGCCAUGGACUGGGUCCUUCAGGACGUGGCCAAGAGGAAGAAACGUGGUGGAGGUGCUGGACCCAGUCAGGUUCCCCCUGCUCUCCCUACAGAGACUCUUCAAGUACAUAGAAGGUGAUGAGAUGGAAUGAUACUCCUGAUUUGUCAAGCAGGCUCUAUCUUAUUUUUACUUAUUUAUCAAGAAAUCCUCUUUUAAUUCUUACACCAUUAUAAUUGAUUUACAUUGUUGCGCUGCUUAUCAAUUACAUCAUAUCAUUUCUCUGUGUAGGCAUUUCUGACUUUAGCCUGCGGGUGGCGCUGCAGACACUGCUGAGGAGGUCAGCAAGUCUCCCAAGGAGAAUAAGAUGUACAGCCUGUUACAGCCAGCCAAGAUGAGGCCCAGGAGAAAGGCCAGGAAAUACCUCUGUGCCAUAGGUAAGUAAACCUCAGUUCAGCACCUGAAAGCAUUUAUAUGAUGACAACAGUAUUAGGGCAGUCAUUUCUGUUGAAGCAUCUUCAUUGUAAACUCAGCAGUACUAGCUGGAUCCAAAUUAAAUUGUUCAAUUUCGUGACGUGAUCCAGGCUAUGUUGUGUUACGGUUGGUUUCUCCUGUUUCAGGAGGCUACACUCGGCUGCAGGGCGGCCGUUGGAGUGACAGCCGGGCCCUAAGCUGCGUGGAGCGCUUUGACUCGUUCAGCCAGUACUGGACCACAGUGUCCUCCCUGCACCAGGCCUGCAGCGGACUGGGAGUGGCUGUGCUGGAGGGCAUGAUCUAUGUCUUGGGAAGGUGAGACAGUCUAAUUUUAGUUAUUUAACCAGGAUAGUCCUCAUUAACGAGUCCUGUCUGUGGUUCUGUUUGUACAGAGAACAUGCCAUGUGUCUCAAUCUAUGUGUUUUCCUCAGGGCUAUACAGUUCAAUUUCUACUAUUCUGUUUCUUGUCAUUUCCCAGGGGAGAAGGACUCCAUGAUAUUUGACUGCACAGAGAGAUACGACCCGGUGACUAAGCAGUGGGCGGCUGUGGCCUCUCUCAACUUCCCUCGCUGUGGGGUCGGGGUCUGCCCCAGUCACGGGGUGUUCUACGCACUGGGUAAUUCCUCACACCCAAAUUUCUCCCCUUGAAGUAAACACGCAUCCAACAUGAUUGGACAGGUGAAAGCAAGGUUUCCACUACAUAGCUUUCACCAAUCCAGUCAUGUCAGAUUGUUCUUUUUUUUUGAGAAGGGGAGGAACAAAUGAGUGUUCCAAGUAUUUGAACAGUGUCCAAGUCUUUCUUUUGGGAUAAAAAAAAAAAAAAAGUAUAUGGGAUAAGAUACUGUAUGAAUAGGUCACCAUGAUGUCUCCUCACUACUGUGUUUCUGCAGGUGGUUGGGUUGGAUCAGAGAUUGGGAAGACGAUGGAGCGGUACGACCCGACCGAGAAUAAGUGGGAGAUCAUUGGAAGCAUGGCAGUGCCUCGAUACUACUUUGGCUGCUGCGAGUUACAGGGUAACUCAAUUCAAUUAACUUUCUUUAUCCCAAUUAUUUCUGGGCAUAAAAGUGACAGGCAGACAAUGCACAACAAGACAUUUCUAACUAAAUAUACCAUAUCAAUAUAAUUGCUUCUGCUGUCUCAAUGUUUAUUAUCUCAAUUACAUAAUUUCUCUGAAUGGCCUCAUUCCCCUCUCCCCUCUGUCUAGGCUUCAUCUACAGUGGGGGAAAACAGUAUUUAGUCAGCCACCAAUUGUGCAAGUUCUCCCACUUAAAAAGAUGAGAGAGGCCUGUAAUUUUCAUCAUAGGUACACGUCAACUAUGACAGACAAAAUGAGAGAGAAAAAAUCCAGAAAAUCACAUUGUAGGAUUUUUUAUGAAUUUAUUUGCAAAUUAUGGUGGAAAAUAAGUAUUUGGUCAAUAACAAAAGUUUCUCAAUACUUUGUUAUAUACCCUUUGUUGGCAAUGACACAGGUCAAACGUUUUCUGUAAGUCUUCACAAGGUUUUCACACACUGUUGCUGGUAUCUCCUCUAGAGCAGUGAUGUUUUGGGGCUGUCGCUGGGCAACACAGACUUUCAACUCCCUCCAAAGAUUUUCUAUGGGGUUGAGAUCUGGAGACUGGCUAGGCCCCUCCAGGACCUUGAAAUGCUUCUUACGAAGCCACUCCUUCGUUGCCCGGGCGGUGUGUUUGGGAUCAUUGUCAUGCUGAAAGACCCAGCCACGUUUCAUCUUCAAUGCCCAUGCUGAUGGAAGGAGGUUUUCACUCAAAAUCUCACGAUACAUGGCCCCAUUCAUUCUUUCCUUUACACGGAUCAGUCGUCCUGGUCCCUUUGCAGAAAAACAGCCCCAAAGCAUGAUGUAUCCACCCCCAUGCUUCACAGUAGGUAUGGUGUUCUUUGGAUGCAACUCGGCAUUCUUUGUCCUCCAAACAUGACGAGUUGAGUUUUUACCAAGAAGUUCUAUUUUGGUUUCAUCUGACCAUAUGACAUUCUCCCAAUCCUCUUCUGGAUCAUCCAAAUGCACUCUAGCAAUCUUCAGACGGGCCUGGACAUGUACUGGCUUAAGCAGGGGGACACGUCUGGCACUGCAGGAUUUGAGUCCCUGGUGGCGUAGUAUGUUACUGAUGGUAGGCUUUGUUACUUUGGUCCCAGCUCUCUGCAGGUCAUUCACUAGGUCCCCCCGUGUGGUUCUGGGAUUUUUGCUCACCGUUCUUGUGAUCAUUUUGACCCCACGGGGUGAGAUCUUGCGUGGAGCUUCAGAUCGAGGGAGAUUAUCAGUGGUCUUGUAUGUCUUUCCAUUUCCUAAUAAUUGCUCCCACAGUUGAUUUCUUCAAACCAAGCUGCUUACCUAUUGCAGAUUCAGUCUUCCCAGCCUGGUGCAGGUCUACAAUUUUGUUUCUGGUGUCCUUUGACAGCUCUUUGGUCUUGGCCAUAGUGGAGUUUGGAGUAUGACUGUUUGAGGUUGUGGACAGGUGUCUUUUAUACUGAUAACAAGUUCAAACAGGUGCCAUUAAUACAGGUAACGAGUGGAGGACAGAGGAGCAUCUUAAAGAAGAAGUUACAGGUCUGUGAGAGCCAGAAAUCUUGCUUGUUUGUAGGUGACCAAAUACUUAUUUUCCACCAUAAUUUGCAAAUAAAUUCAUAAAAAAUCCUACAAUGUGAUUUUCUGGAGAAAAAAAAUCUCAAUUUGUCUGUCAUAGUUGACGUGUACCUAUGAUGAAAAUUACUGGCCUCUCUCAUCUUUUUAAGUGGGAGAACUUGCACAGUUGGUGGCUGACUAAAUACUUUUUUCCCCCACUGUAUGUGAUCGGGGGGAUCAGUGAUGAGGGGAUGGAGCUGUGCUCAGCGGAGGUGUACGACCCCAUCUCCCGGCGCUGGAGCGCCCUGCCCGUCAUGGUGACCUGACGGGCCUACAUGGGCGUAGCCUGCCUCAACAACUGCAAAAUGCCGUAGGGGGCUGGAACGAGGCGCUGGGGUCCCUGGAGACGGUGGAAAAGUACUCGCCCGAGGAGGAGAGGGAGUUAGGGUAGAGUUAAAUACUGCUAGUCAGGUCAAAACUCAGAGGGUUGGGACUCGGGCAUCUUUACAGUCCUCCCAAUUCAGACUACAGUGGGGAGAACAGUUUUAUACCCGCCAUUUUUGGGUUUUCCUACUUUCAAAACUGUGAGGUCUUAAAUUUUGAUCAUGGGACACUUCAAAUGUGAAGACGGAAUCUAAAUCCCGAAAAUCACAUUGUAAUUUUUAGUAAUUUAAUUUGCAUUUUUUUGCUCACAUAAGUAUUUUAUACAUCAGAAAGCAAACUUAAUAUUUGUUACAGAAAACCCUUUUUUUGCAAUUACAGGAUAACGUUUUUCCCGUAGGGCUUACCAGGGGUUUUCACAAAAUGCAGCAGGGUUGGCCCACUCCUCCAUACGACCCUUUUCCAGUCCUUAGGUUUUGGGCGUCGGGGCAAAACGACUUCACUCCCUCCAAAAAUUUUCUUUUUAUUGGGGUUCCCCAGGGUUUUUGGAUAAAAGUUUAUGCGGAUAUAAGGACUGUAUUGAAUAGGUCACCAUGAUGUCUCCUCACUUCCUGUGUUUCUGCCAGGUGGGUUGGGUUGGAUCAGAGAUUGGGAAAGACGAUGGAGCGGGGUUCGGACACCGACCGAGGAAUAAGUGGGAGAUCAUUGGAAGCAUGGCCAGUGCCUCGAUACUACUUUGGCUGCUGCGAGUACAGGGUAACUCAAUUCAAUUAACUUUCUUUUAUCCCAAUUAUUCUGGGCAUAAAAGUGACAGGCAGACAAUGCAUAACAAGACAUUUCUAACUAAAUAUACCAUAUAAAUAUAAUUGAUUCUGCUGUCUCAAUUGUUUAUUAUCUCAAUUACAUAAUUUCUCUGAAUGGCCUCAUUCCCCUCUCCCCUCUGUCUAGGCUUCAUCUACAGUGGGGGGGAAAAGUAUUUAGUCAGCCACCAAUUGUGCAAGUUCUCCCACUUAAAAAGAUGAGAGAGGCCUGUAAUUUUCAUCAUAGGUACACGUCAACUAUGACAGACAAAAUGAAAGAAAAAAAUCCAGAAUAUCACAUUGUAGGAUUUUUUAUGAAUUUAUUUGCAAAUUAUGGUGGAAAAUAAGUAUUUGGUCAAUAACAAAAGUUUCUCAAUACUUUGUUAUAUACCCUUUGUUGGCAAAGACACAGGUCAAACAUUUUCUGUAAGUCUUCACAAGGUUUUCACACACUGUUGCUGGUAUUUUGGCCCAUUCCUCUAUGCAGAUCUCCUCUAGAGCAGUGAUGUUUUGGGGCUGUCGCUGGGCAACAUGGACUUUCAACUCCCUCCAAAGAUUUUCUAAGGGGUUGAGAUCUGGAGACUGGCUAGGCCACUCCAGGACCUUGAAAUGCUUCUCACGAAGCCACUCCUUCGUUGCCCGGGCGGUGUGUUUGGGAUCAUUGUCAUGCUGAAAGACCCAGCCACGACCCAUCUUCAAUGCUCUUACUGAGGGAAGGAGGUUGUUGGCCAAGAUCUCGCGAUACAUGGCCCCAUCCAUCCUCCCCUCAAUACGGUGCAGUCAUCCUGUCCCCUUUGCAGAAAAGCAUCCCCAAAGAAUGAUGUUUCCACCUCCAUGGUUCACGGUUGGGAUGGUGUUCUUGAGGUUGUACUCAUCCUUCUUCUUCAUUCCAAACACGGUAAGUGGAGUUUAGACCAAAAAGCUAUAUUUUUGUCUCAUCAGACCACAUGACGUUCUACCAUUCCUCCUCUGGAUCAUCCAGAUGGUCAUUGGCAAACUUCAGACGGGCCUGGACAUGCGCUGGCUUGAGCAGGGGGACCUUGCGUGCGCUGCAGGAUUUUAAUCCAUGACGGCGUAGUGUGUUACUAAUGGUUUUUCUUUGAGACUGUGGUCCCAGCUCUCUUCAGGUCAUUUACCAGGUCCUGCUUUGCGGGUGACGCCCCUCUCACAUUGAUGCCCCACGAGGUGAAUCUGAUGGAGCCCCAGACUGAGUGUGAUGACCGCAUCUUGAACACUUUUCCUUUUCUAAUAAUUGCGGCAAACAGUUGUUGCCUUCUCACCAGCUGCUUGCCUAUUUCUGUAGCCCAUCCCAGCCUUGUGCAGUCUACAUUUUAUCCCUGAUGUCCUUACACAGCUCUUGGUCUGCCAUUGUGGAGAGGUUGAGUCUGUUUGAUGAGUGUGUGGACAGGUGUCUUUAUACAGUAACGAGUUCAACAGGUGCAGUUAAACAGGUAAUGAUGGAAACAGGAGGGCUCUUAAGAACUAACAGGUCUGUGAACGAAUUUUACUGGUUGGUAUGGUGUAUCAAAUACUUAUGUCAUGCAAUAAAAUGCAAAUUAAUUACUUAAAAAUCAUACAAUGUGAUUUUCUGGAUUUUUGUUUUAGAUUUCGUCUCUCACAGUUGAAGUGUACUUAUGAUAAAAAUUACAGACCUCUACAUGCUUUGUAAGUAGGAAAACCUGCAAAAUCGGCAGUGUAUCCAAUACUUGUUCUCCCCACUGUAUAUAAAUACAGCUUUGUUUGAAAAGCAACACGUUGUCACAAUACCUCAUCAUAGUUUUAUGUAGAUAGUGACCUCAGACGGUGGACUCUGUUGAGAUCUACGACCCCAACCUGGACGGAGAUCGGCAACAUGAUCACCAGCCGCUGUGAUGGGGGCGUGGCCGUGCUCUAA